AUGAAUUCUAAUGAGUAUUUAAUCAAAUCAGUGAUUCUAUCGGGAUUUGGUUUAAUUGGUGUGACAAUUAUUGUUAAUCAAUUGAUGAAAAGAUUGAAACAAUUUAAAAAGGUUGGUAUUGUUAAGAAAUUGUUUAUUUAUCCAAUUAAAUCAUUAAAACCAAUUCAAUUGGACUCAUUGGAUUAUAAUGAUCAACAAAUUUAUUGGAAAUCAUUAUUGGAUAGAGCUUUCAUGUUAGUGAAUCGGAAAAAUGUUAUGAUUACUCAAAGACAAGAACCAAGUUUAGUUAAGUUAAUUGUUGAAUUAGAUUAUCCAUAUUUAAUUGUUACAAGACCCGAUGGAUCUGAUUCAAUAAGAAUCUCAAUUCUUGAAGAUGAUUAUCAAAAUAAUGAAGAGAUAAUUGAAACAAAUGUUUGGGGUGAUGAUGUUUGUGGAGUUAAUUGUGGACCAGAAUUUUCUCAAUUUUUCUCUAAUUAUUUGGAUAAACCAGAAAUUAAAUUAAUAAGAUUUACUAAUAAACAACAACAUCGACCAUCAGAAAUAUAUCGAGAUGGACAAUUGGGUAAAGAUGAAAACACAAAGAUAAUGUAUCAAGAUGCGGCAACUUGUUUGAUAAUUAACAGUAAAUCAGUUGAUACACUGAAUGAAUGGAUUACGAAUGUCGAGGAAAAAGUGACCUUCAUGAACUUCAGGCCGAAUAUUCUGAUUGAAUCUGAUCCUUUCGAUGAAGAAAACUGGGAAAAAAUCAAAAUCGGCUCGGAACAAUCAGCUGAAUGGCAACAAUUACUUAAGUGUGUUCGAUGUCGAGUGACCACUGUUAACAUUGAGAAAGGUCAAUUCAUGAAAGAGCCACUAUCAACUCUAAAGAGUGUCCACGGGCCACUUUCAAAGCGCGAUAUUGGCUAUGCAAAUGGAACUGAUUCCAACGGGAGGAAAACAGCACCUCUAAUGGGAGUGUUUUUCAAGCCCGAAUCAUCGGGAACAAUUAAAAUCGAUCAAGAAAUUUGGGCUUCUCACAAACAUGGACUAUUUUGGUUUCUUUAAUUAUAAACAAUUAAACUUUUUCAAAAUCUUCAUCAAGUGAUUGAUAAGUGAAUUAAGAUUCUGUUUAAUUUAUUCUAGUUAAACAAUCAACUGAAUCUUGUGUACAAUUAACAUUUAAUUUCAUUUAGAAUAUUUUUAUAUUCAUUACACAAUCUUAAUUGUUAUGAUUAUGAUAGUUGAAAAUAACUGAAUUAACUGUAUGGAAAUUAUCUCAUAAUAAAUUGCUUGAUAAAAA